UCCCCCUCUAGUGGCCGGUCGGUGAGGUGCAGCUCUGCUCACUCUAGCGGCGAGCGUGAGAAUGUCUCCCGCCUACAGGCUUCUCGCUACACGCUCUGCAUCUGUAUUUGUCAGGCUCAAAUCCAAGGGAGACGAACGAGGCGCCAUCUUUCGUGCGUUUCUCCCUGCAACGAUGAGAAAAUGAUCUCGAAACCGGUGGUCUAUGCCACCUCCAAUCUGUAAAUAAAGGCGUAUAUGAAAAGAACUCGUAUCUUAGCAAAACAUCGAUUCAUAAUAUAAAGAAAAAAAUAUACAUUUGCUAUCCAUAAUCCACUGAAGGGGACAGCAGCAGCAAGGUGUUGUCUAGUAUCGCCCAUUUCGUGAUUCCGGAGCCGAUAACGAAAAGGGUUCCUGAAACCGGGGUGUUUUUCACGAAGCGGACGCGGAUAUGGCAAAGGCGGCGGGGUUGCUUGACCAAACGGCUUAUUUCGUGCUUUGGUGACAUUAUUGUGCUAUUGAAGCCAAAGGUCGGUGGAAUAGUUACCGAAAUUCCCUCGGAUCGUGCGCCCGUCACGUGCCAGGCUGUGUAGGUGGGCUGGAGUGAAGGUUUGGAGGUGCAGGCUGCCGUGCCCAUUCCUCGGCCCUGCAUGGCUGCGAUGGCGCCCGCUUUGACCGACGCCCCAGCCGAAGCCCGCCACAUCCGCUUCAAACUCGCCUCUCCCUCAUCCACCCUGUCCCCCGGCAGCACCGAGAACAACAGCAACGCCAGCAACAUCCUCAUCUCCGACUCGGUCUCGGACUCUGCCGGUAGCCACACCAACGGCAAGUGUCACGUCAGCGCCGACGACGGACAGAACUUCGCCCAUUACCACAGCGUCAAGGGUCAGGAGCAGGAACCCCUGUCUAAAGCCCCGUCUCUGGGCAAGCUGGCACCGUAUUUGUGCUCUGAUGUCAAACCAUUGCCCUCAUCCACCAAAGUCAAGGAGUCACUGAAGCUGCAAGGUGUCCUCAUCAAGCAGUCGGUGCUGAAGAGCCACGGUCUGCUGAGCGGCUCCAUAUUCCCGAGCGCUGCUGCAGGCAGCGACUUUCUGCUGCGCAAACGCCACGCACUUGAGCUAACCGGAGGUCAGUUGAAGAGCCUUGUCAACGGUGCCGGAGCUGGAAGUACCAUGGUGCCUGUGAACGGACUCUCCAAGAAAGUGGCUGUACCUAGUGCUGCCGUGGCUGAGAAAGGCAGCGUGGCCACAGUGAAUGGAGACAGCAACCAGCCUUCCACCAAUGGGGAAGCGUUGUUAUCCGUGUCCUCCAAGUCUGUCGGUACCUUUGCAACCGGUGGACAGAACGGCGACGUGAAGCCACAACAGAAUUUGACACCAAGCGUUCAAGGCGUGUCAUCACAUAGGGAACUCACGGCUUUGUCUGAAAGCACGGAGGUUAAAGCAGAACCGGAGAGUCCCGUUGUUGAAACAAACAGUAACAAUAUCGUCGGCUGUCCCUCGUCCCUUAACUCUUCCCCAGUCCAUGAUGACUCAUCCCUUUCGACUCCCAACCUGGAGGCUCUGCUGCGGGAUCGGGCUCAGCAGAGCCAACACAGGCAAACAGACAUCGAAGGCCGCCUGCUGCGUCUUCGCAAGCGGCUGCAGGUUGUGCAGGCCAAACAGGUGCAACGGCAUUUCAAACAGCAACUCUCUGGUUUUCUGGACCGCACUCUGACCCCGACAUCUAGCCGUAGGGUGGAGCAAGGGGCGUGGAGAGGCUCUCGCGCUUCCGUGGACACCCACGCGCAUAAUCUGAGUCGGUUUUUGAAGGGUGGUAGGGUGGCUUCGGAACUGGAGCAACUGCAUCUGAGUGGCACCACGUAUUUGCGAGCGACGGAGUCUCAGUUUGACUCGGACGCCACCGAGAGCAGUUCGGGAGGAGAGAGUGACGUCGAGGAGGAGGAGCUGGCCAGGGCGGAUGUUGACCAGCGUCAUAUUAAACUAUGGAGGAGAGCAGAAGGGCGGUUUGCCAGGGAAAGAGCCACAAUCAUCAGUCACUGGACAUGGCUACAGGCUCAGAUAUCAGACCUGGAGUACCGCAUCCGACAGCAGGUCGACAUCUACCGCCAGCUCCGCUCCAGCAAGGGUCCUGUGGAGCUGGGAGACUCUGCCCCUUCCUGCCAGAGAACUGUAAAUACGACGGAGACUAAUGAGAAUGUCCCGACCUCAGCAACAUCCCAGAAUUUCACAGAAUCCCAGUCUCGUUUGGCGGACACAUCUAAGAACGAUAUCUCCAUUAGUAGUGUGGCAGAAGUGUCUGACACAUGCUUGUCAAGUCUGGACAGCAGCUGUACAUCUGCACGAACACGCCCACUGCUGACCUGCAGGAGACGACGUCUUGUAAACCCAAACACUGUCCACAGUCUCAACGGCAAGUUUCAGAGAGUGUCUUUCUCACCUCCACAUGUGUGUGAGGUCAACGGCUCGUGUGUCAUGUGUGGCAGUGCUCCUCCCCUCUCCAAACCAGACUUACCAUUUAAUCGCCCUCUGCUGGAGAGAGUCGCGCAUCAAGACCGCAGCAUCCACCCUGUUCUGUCCAUGCAAUCGGAUGUGGCUCUCAGCUUACAGUUGCAGAAGGUCUUGAGAUCUCAUUGGCAGACUCGUUCGUUUGACAGGAUCAAACCGCUGAAGAAGAUCUCUGUCAAACACAAGCUCUCCAUCACACCAUCCUCCUCCUUCCUCCCCAAACACAAAUUCAGACUGUCAAACUCGCAUGCGGCUGCAGUCCGGUUGGCCCGUCACAAGAACAGGUCGGAGAGGCUGCACAGGCUGCAGGUGGACAACAUCUCAUGUGUUCCAAAGCCGGACACACUCACACCCUGCAGGCCGGAUCGUGCGCUGGACAGAAGUCACAGCAGGAAGAGGGUCAGAGAGCAUUCACUGGACAGAGCAGACUCACCAAAAGUGGUGAUGGAUGCAUGUCCAAGUCCAUGUGCGUCUCUGUCCAGCUUUCACUCCUCCAACACCAGUCCCUUGACCAGACAGCUCUCCCUCCCCGUUGAGAGCAGCACUCCUCUGGGAAACAGCGUGCCCGUUCGGAGAAGAAGAGGCGAGAGUCCGUUUGAUAUCAACAACAUCGUCAUUCCAAUGUCAGUGGCUGCCACCACCAGAGUGGAGAAGCUUCAGUACAAGGAAAUUCUCACACCCAGAUGGAGGGAAGUGGACAUUUUAGCUAAACCACUGGCAGAGGAAGACAAUAACAUUCCGGUGGAGGACCUUUCAGAUGCCGCGUUUGGUAAACUCCACCAGCAGUUAGAGGAUCAGGAGCGCUCUCGCUGGCGAUGGACGGCUCUCGCACCCGCCAAGAGGAGAGGCAGCAGGUCCUAUAAAUCCCUGGACGGGCGAACGACACCAUCAAUAAUGGGAACGAACCCUUCGACGCCUCAGCCCUCAUCCCCAGACGCAAGUCACUUCCACCUCCUGCAGGACUACGGGCCGGUGCAGUCACCCCUGAGCCCACCCAGCCCCGACACGCCGUGCUCCCGCGACGCACAAACACCUCACACCAGAGACGCACACAGACUGCUGUACAGCGAAGACACGUGCGGCUCCACUUCAGACUGCACCUUUGAGGAGAUGACGGUCCAGCCCUGGGAGCCCAGGAGUUUUCCUUUACCUGAGGACCCGAUAGUGGAGCCCGAGACGGACAAGAGUCAACCGAGCUUUCCUACAGGCCUCAGAGCCGACGCCCACUGCAGGGCGGAGUCAGAGAGCGACGCUUCCUCGCCGUGACGAUGAACUGAUUAACGACCUUAAAACCACACCUCCUAUGGCAUUAAUUGAGAAAAAAACUCAUACUAAUCAAAACAAACAAAAAAAAAAAAAAUCUGUCAGGACUUCUGUUGUUUGAUAUUCAAACAUCAGCCAAUUAUUUUCACAGUUUUUAGUGAAUAUUACAGAACAUAGAAAGCUAAACCUGUCUUCUAAAACUCUUUUCUCAGAAGAAAAAUGUAAACGAGAUGUAUGAAAGUUGUUUCCAUAAAUGUUUUCAUAGUCAGCUAAAUAUAUCAUUGGGACUUAGUGUGGUAUUCUAACCUGUCAGGUGAACACUAUGUAGUGCACUGUGUAGCAGACUUAAGAGGGCUUGACCAAAGGGUGCCUCUCUGCUGGACUUAUAUAUGUAUGCUUGUGUUGUGAAGUGACAAACCAAAACCUGUCAAAAAUACUUGUCCGCGUUAUGCUCGGUUGACGGUCACGUACCAAGCAGAGAUCUUCUCCUCAGUUAAAAAGCACUUCACAGGGCGUCAAUAUCUUGCUCUCUUCCUCGAUCCUCCCUUUUUCUCGUUCUUUUUAAUAAUUUCCCACCAGCAUAUGGAGUGUGGCUAUGCUGAUGUUCAUGGCAUCAUGUAUCUCAAUGUUAAUGGAGAAAUUGCAAGCUGUGCGAAACGAAGCCUUUUAGUGCACAUCAGUUUAGCUCUCACACUUCGGCCCUUACGUGUUUCAGGCUCUUUCUACAUCAUCUGUCGAGAUUGUACUUUGUAUUUCUUCUGAAAGGAGCCAGAUGUUUCACACAGAGCUGCCCUUCUCAGGUUAUGCAGUUGUAUGGAAACUUGUGUUAACAAGGCGUCUGUUUUUCUUUCACUUUGUCGGUGUGACCCCAUAUUAGUGUUCUUAUUCCGCACUGUCGCCCCUUCGAGAAUCUACUUGCUAUGCAACUCAACAUUAUUGUUGUGGCCCUGUCCUUUUUCUUUUUCAUACAAUCACAAUGUCUUUUUUUAAUUUCUUUGAUGUGUCUUUCUCUUCAUAGCUGUUUGAGACAGGUUUCAUUGUAAUUCAGACUGUUUCAGAUGUUAAAUCAUUUGCAGAAAAAAAAGAAAAACAAAAACACCCUUUUGUAAAUAGUACCAUUAAAACAAAUCAAACUCCA